AUGUCACAAGAUUCAGAGGCCUACUCUGCCAUGGAAAGAGUUACAAACCCUGAUGACAGGGAAAAAACGAUGCUCUUUUCAAGAAACUACACAUUUCGGUUCGCAUACAAAUAUAACACGGCUAUCAACAUAUUUCGACAUAUGCCCCAAAACAACCAUAUGAAUAUUGGGUUUUUCCCUUUGGAACUGAUAGGGCCGGAAGUCAUCUUCGACAUCAGAGGGCCAGAUUCCGACUUCUGGGUGUAUUCAUUUACCAGCGAUCUAACCUCCAAUACCAAGUCUAAGCCCGUAGGCCGUGUAGGACAUUUUUGGCUAGACAGAGCUGAUACAGGAAAGCCGCCACCACUCUUUUCCGCUCAGAAAAAGCCACACGAUACAGCCUCAUAUGAUAUGGCCAUUUUUAUAGUACCAGUUGACCAUGAAAUGGAGGGUAAACCGCUCGAUAGAGCUGAUGCUGCGCGAAUCUGCGUGGCCGUAUUUAAAAUCAGGUUAAUAACCAAGGCGACGUUCAUCAAAAUGGGAUUCCUGAAAGCCGAUUAUUUUGAUUUUUUCGCAAAUCAUGCACGAAUGAGUCCUGAUGAAAUGAAGAAAUCUUUGCUAUUCGUAGAGAGCUUUCUCUCGGCCACGGAUCCUUUUGAUUUUGACCUUACGUAUGAUAUUCAAUACAGCGACUCCGACCUUGGAAUUAAGAAGGACAACUUUCUACAAACGUGGCCAGUUUAUUCGCCAGAAAUUCCUGUCGAUUUCUACCAAUAA